UUCCGCCCUGGGCAGAGCUUUUCCACACGCUUUGCAGUGUCAACAAAAGCAGCCGAAAACUUGGGACCUGCGACCAAAGAUGACGCCGCCACCGCCGCCGCCUCCGUUCGGUAAGACAUCUCAGCGUGCGAGAGCGCAACUUUUCUGUUUGAUUAGUUAAUAACAAUUCUCGUACAUUUAAAACAAAGUCAGGCGGAGAACGCAAUGCCGAUUCGGGCUGGUAGUGCUUGUGCAACUGUUUUUCCCCUUUGGGAGUGGGUUUGCCGCUGAUUAGAUAAAGUUUCGGCUCUCCAUUGGACACGCUCUCCGAAAGAAACCUUGAUAUUGUUUUCAUUUGUUCGGGCGCUAUAGUACCAACUGAGAGCCUGAGAAGUUAGAUUCCCGAUUCGCGGACACCUCUAAUAGAACAUUGACAAUAAUGCUAACGGAAUUCGCUAGAAACCUGUCGAAUCCGCUGGAGUUUGGGCAUGUGCUGGAGAUCGUCGCCAAGACCAUCGAUGGAGCCGCCAGGUUCCACAAAGACCUUUCCACAGCCAAGAGCACCGUGGAUCCGGAUGCUGACAUCGGUCUGCACUUCUCCUGCUACUUCCGCAAUGAUACGAUCGUGCGCAAUGCCCGCGUGAACGGCGUCUGGGGCGAGGAGGAGUCGGCGGUAAUGGACACCGUAACGCUUCCGAAUCCCAUUGUGAGCGGCGAGUUCUUCAUGGUCUACAUCUUGGCCUGCGAGGAUAGCUUUCACAUUUCCAUCAACAGCCGGGAUUUCUGUACGUUCCGCUAUCGGAUGCCCCUGAGUGCCAUUCGGGCUCUGGAGAUACGCGACCAAAUACAAGUGAUCAGGCAGGUGGAUCAUCGCACCGUCUUCCCAGCCAUACACGCCUCGGACUACUUCAAGGCCUUCAGCAAUGAUCAACCCAUACUGUUCAGUCCCGGCCAUGUGAUUGUGCUACGCGAGGAGCUGCACUUUAGCAUACGCUUUGACGAGCAGCAGGUGGUGCGAAACUCCAUGGGCAAGACCUUCGAAUUUGGAGCCGAAGAACGUCAUGGGGGCUUUCCGUUCAAGUUCAAUGAGCAGUUCAAGCUGGCACUGGCCUUUACGGAACGCGAAGUGCUCACGGCUGUGGAUGGAUUCAACUUCUUCAGCUAUGCCUGGCGCACUCCCAACGCCAUGUUGAACUUGGUGGGCUUUAAAGUGACCUGCAUAAAAGGCCUGGUGUUGCAGAUAACAGGCGUGGAUCAUCUGCAGACGGGCGACCCCACGUGCACCGCCUUCGAGAAGUACUCGCGCCACGACUACGACUGUGUCUAAAGCGGAGUCCAUCGAUUGUACCAGUGAACGAAGUCUGA